AUGACUUCAUCAACUUCUUUCUUGGUCUGCCUUCAGGCUUUACUUAUCCAGAAUGCGUACAGUCAGAUCUUAACCAACCUUGGCAACUAUUUGGGCAACAAUGGCGUUGAAUUAGUUACUGGCGGUAUUGGCGUAAACGGACUUGGAGUCAAUAGUCUUGGCAUCAACAACAUCGGUUUCGGCGGACUUGGCACCUAUAAUGGUUUAGCUGUAUCCGAAUCAAACAACAUUGGCUUAAAUGGACUCGGAAUUGGCAACAUUGGCCUUGGUAACGCCGGUUUGGCUGUAAGUGGAUUGAACAACGCUGGCUUAGGAGUAGCCGGUCUUGGAUAUGGCACUGGUCUCGGCGUACAAAACGUAGCUGCUACGUCCCAAGUGCCCGUCACUGGCCCGUUCACCGCGAGUGGCAACGCCGAGCUCGUAGUCGGAGGUGACUUUGGCGCCGGCGGUCAAGCCGUGGUCGGUGGUCAGAUCCCAGUGCUCGGAGCUGUUGGCUUUACUGGCCAGAUACCCGCCAGUGGUGUCGUAUCCAUCGCUGGCAACUGCGGAUGCUCGAGUGUACCACUGUAA